GUACUUCAAGCUGAGAUUGUUCCGGCCAAUAUAACACAAGAACAACUUAAAGAAUAUGAAAACAGCUUCGACAUUGGAAUGGUAACGGUCGAGGUUAACACAAUUGCCAGUUCUUAUCCUACUGAUAAUCCCAAUAUCUCUCUUCGUCGCAUCAUUAUUGCCAUUCGCAUAAUCGAAAUUGAUGGUGUAACUGUUGUUCAAAACGAUGUUAUUGAGAAGAUCCUUGAAGCUAAAUUUAUCAACAGUGCAACUGCUGCGGCGGAUAGUCAGACUUCUGACUCAAUCACUGGAUCACCCACAAUGGAUACUCCUUGCAAUUUAAGCACUAUAUUCGCCAAAAUCCGUCAUUGGUGGUGUUGUUCAUCCAAGAUCACUCGUGUAGCUGUCAUCUCUUUGUUCCUUACUUCAUUAUUCGGUGUCUUGUUCAUGAUUAUUCCUGUCUCUAUGCAAACUCUUGUCAAGAAGAAUCUUGGUUUGAGGCAACCUUAUCAAGCUGUCUCGGAUCAUCACGAUGAUGAUGACGCAAAAGUUGAACAAGUUAUUUUCAUUGCUGACGAGGAAAAAAGAAUGUUGAUGGAGAAACAUGGAAAAGAGGAGG